GGACCUGCUUCUCCAACCGCCAGUAAACACUGGAGAAGAAGUUGACGCUCGGCUGGGCAGCUUCAGCGCCUCGAUUUCUAAAAAUAAAAGCAGGUUAUUGUGUCUCGCUUUGAAGAGUUAAAACCUCGAGCUGUGUGAAGACAUGAAGACGGAGACCUCAACGGAUGGAGGGACGUCAGAAGUCCGUGUGAAGAAAGAGGAGACGCUGGAGCUGAAAAUCUACAACCAUGGAGACGACCUCGACAACCCACCUGAAGGUCUCUUUGUUAAAGUGGAAGAUCCUGACAAUAAAGACCAUCUCUACUGUGAAGUUUGCAAAUCCUUCUUCCUCAACAAAUGUGAGGUUCAUGGACCACCUGUCUUCAUCCCAGAUACUCCUGUUCCCAUGGGAGUCCCUGACCGAGCCAGACAAACUCUUCCUCCUGGGCUAGAAAUCCAGAAGUCCAGUAUUCCUGAUGCAGGCCUGGGAGUGUUUAAUAAGGGGGAGAUUAUUCCAGUAGGUGCACACUUCGGACCCUACCAGGGAGAGCUGGGAAACAGAGAGGAAGCCAGGAACAGUGGUGAUUCCUUGGUUGUAUACAGGAGCAUGCAGUGUGAAGAAUACAUUGAUGCCAAAAGAGAGAUGGAUGUGAAUUGGAUGAGGUAUGUGAAUUGUGCCCGUAAUGAUGAAGAACAGAAUCUUGUGGCAUUUCAGUAUCGAGGGGGAAUUCUGUAUCGUUGCUGUCGACCCAUUAACCCAGGACAGGAGCUCUUGGUGUGGUAUGAAGAGGAGUACACCAAAGAACUCAGUCCUGCACCUACAGGAACAUCCAGACAGCAAGAAGUAAAGAACGCUCUGCUUCAAGUCUUUUCCUGCUCUACAUGUCCUCGUUCCUGUGCAUCUCAAAUUUACCUCAACAAACAGAUCCAGAGAUGCCACAAUGAAGAGUAUGUGAGACUUUGGGAAUCAGGAGAUAUUAAAUAUGAGCUUCAGAUCCCCUCUAAAUGCUCCAGUCAUCAGCCAACAUCAACUGAUACUCUCAGUUCUGACACUUCUCAUGAUCUACAGAAGGAAAUUCGCCACUGCUCGGACUGUGGAAAGAGUUUUGGUCAUCAGAAUGCACUCAAGACACACCAGCACAUUCACACAGGAGAGAAGCCGUAUCACUGCUCACAGCGUGGGAAGAAUUUUACUAAACAGAGUGCUCUCCAACGACACCAGCGCAUUCGCACAGGAGAGAAGCCGUAUCACUGCUCACAGUGUGGGAAGAGUUUUACUUAUCAGAGUACUCUCAAACAACACCAGCGCAUUCACACAGGAGAGAAGCCGUAUCUCUGCUCAGAGUGUGGGAAGAGUUUUACUGAACAGAGUGAUCUCCAACGACACCAGCGCAUUCACACAGGAGAGAAGCCGUAUCACUGCUCACAGUGUGGGAAGAGUUUUACUCAUCAGAGUACUCUCCAACGACACCAGCGCAUUCACACAGGAGAGAAGCCGUAUCACUGCUCACAGUGUGGGAAGAGUUUUACUCAGCAGAGUACUCUCCAACGACACAAGCUCAUUCACACAGGAGAGAAGCUGCAUCACUGCUUACAGUGUGGGAAGAGUUUUAUUCAUCGGAGUCAUCUCCAACGACACCAGCGCAUUCACACAGGAGAGAAGCCGUAUCACUGCUCACAGUGUGGGAAGAGUUUUACUCAUCAGAGUACUCUCCAACGACACCAGCGCAUUCACACAGGAGCGAAGCCGUAUCACUGCUCACAGUGUGGGAAGAGUUUUACUCAGCAGAGUGCUCUCCAACAACACCAGCGCAUUCACACAGGAGCGAAGCUGUAUCACUGCUCACAGUGUGGGAAGAGUUUUACUCAGCAGAGUGAUCUCCAAAAGCACCAGCGUAUUCACACAGGGGAGAAGCCAUAUCACUGCUUACAGUGUGGAAAGAGUUUUACUCAACAGAGUACUGUCCAAAUACACCAGCGCAUUCAUACAGGAGAGAAGCCGUAUCACUGCUCACAGUGUGGACAGAGUUUUACUCAGCAGAGUCAUCUCCAACGACACCAGUGUGUUCACACAGGAGAGAAGCUGUAUCGCUGAUCAGUGUGGGAAGAUCUUUACUUAUUCAGUUACAUUUAAGACCUACAAGUGCACUAACUCUGAGACAUUGCAUGAUUUUAAAGUUGUCAAAUAUGGUAGUUAUUACAGUUUUGACGAAACAUGACCUGUACUUUGAACUUUAUUGGUCAUGUUAUAUGACUGUUUUAAAAUAUGUAUCCUUAUAGUGAUGUUUGAAACAAGAUGAUUAAUUUUUUUUCUUUUGACCUUAAGUAGUCAUUAAUUACCACCAUACAAGUAACGAUUUACAGUGGAUAUAAAAAGGGUACACACCCCGUUAAAAUGAUGGGGCUUUCUGAUGUAAAAAAAAAAAAGAGACCACAAUAAAUAAUUUCAAAACUUUUCCCACCUUUAAUGUGACCUAUAACCUGUACAAUUCAAUUGAAAAUCAAACAAAUCUGUAAAAGGGAAAAACAAAGAAUAAAAAACAUAAAAUAAGCUGGUUGCAUAAGUGUGCACACCCUUAAACUAAUACUUUGUUGAAGCACCUUUUGAUUUAAUUACAGCAUUCAAUCUUUGGGUUCACACCUGCCAUCAAUUAAAAGUACUCUGAUUAACCCCAAAUAAAGUUCAGACAUUUACUCAGUUGCAUCCUCCAGCAAAAGCCAUGGUUCACAGAGAGCUUACAAAGCAUCAAAGGUAUCAGUCAGAAGAAGGGUACAAAAACAUUUCCAUGGCAUUAGAUAUACCAUGGAGCACAGUGAAGACACUCAUCAAGAAGUGGAGAAAAUAUGGGACAACAGUGACAUUACUGAGAACUGGACGUCCCUCCAAAAUUGAUGGAAACGACAAGACGAAAACUGGUCAGGGAGGCUGCCAAGAGGCCUACAGCAACACUGAAGGAGCUGCAGGAAUUUCUGACAAGUACUGGUUGUGUACGACAUGUGACAACAAUCUCCUGUAUUCUCCAUAUGUCUGGACUAUGAGGUAGGGUCAAAGAAAAACAUCCAGGCCUGGCUAAAUUUUGCAAAAAAAACAAAAGUAACCCUCUCCCAAAAGCAUGUGGGGAAAAUGUGUUAUGGUUUGAUGAAACCAAGGUUUAACUUCUCAUCUCAUCUUCAUCCGCUUAUCCAGAACCGGGUCGCGGAGGCAGCAGUCUGAGCAUGGAAGCCCAAGCUUCCCUCUCCCCAGACACCUUGGCCAGCUCCUCGGGAAGAACACCAAGGCGUUCCCAGGCCAGCCGAGAGACAUAGUCCCUCCAGUGUGUCCUGGGUCUUCCCCAGGGCCGUCUCCCAGGGGGACAUGCCUGGAACACCUCCCCAGGGAGGUGUCCAGGAGGCAUCCGAAAGAGAUGCCCGAGCCACUUCAGCUGAUUCCUCUCAAUGUGGAGGAGCAGCGGCUCUACUCCGAGCUCCUCCCGAGUGACUGUGCUUCUCACCCUAUCUCUAAGGGAGCACCCAGCCACCCUGCGAAGGAAACUCAUUUUGGCUGCUUGUAUCUGUGAUCUUGUUCUUUCGGUCAUUACCCAAAGCUCAUGACCAUAGGUGAGAGUCGGAAUGUAGAUCGACCGGUAAAUUGAGAGCUUUGCCUUUUGGCUCAGCUCCUUCACCACGACAGACCGGUAAAGCGACCGCAUCACUGCAGAGGCUGCACUGAUCCGCCUAUCGAUCUCACGCUCCAUCCUUCCCUCACUUGUGAACAAGAUCCCGAGAUACUUAAACUCCUCCAUUUGAGGCAGGACUUCUCCACCAACCUGGAGAGGGUAAGCCACCCUUUUCCGGUCGAGAACCAUGGCCUCGGACUUGGAGGUGCUGAUUCUCAUCCCAGCCGCUUCACACUUGACUGCAAACCGCCCCAUUGCAUGCUCAAGGUCCUGGUUUGAAGAAGCCAACAGGACGACACCAUCCGCAAAAAGCAGAGAUGAAAUCCUGUGGUUCCCAAACAGGAUUCCUUCCGGCCCCUGGCUGCGCCUAGAAAUUCUAUCCAUAAAAAUUAUGAACAGAACCGGUGACAAAGGGCAGCCCUGCCAGAGUCCAACAUGCACUGGGAACAGGUCUGACUUACUGCCGGCAAUGCGGACCAGACUCCUGCUCUGUUCGUACAGGGACCGGACAGCCCUUAGCAAAGAGCCCUGAACCCCAUACUCCCAAAGCACCCCCCACAGAAUACCACGAGGGACACGGUCGAAUGCCUUUUCCAGAUCCACAAAGCACAUGUGGACUGGUUGGGCAAACUCCCAUGAACCCUCGAUCACCCUAUGAAGAGUAUAGAGCUGGUCCAGUGUUCCACGACCAGGACGAAAACUGCAUUGUUCCUCCUGGAUCCGAGGCUCAACUAUUGGCCGAAUUCUCCUCUCAGUAACCUGGAGUAAACCUUCCCGGGGAGGCUAAGAAGUGUGAUUCCCCUAUAAUUGGUGCACACGCUCCGGUCCCCUUUCUUGAAAAGAGGGACCACCACCCCAGUCUGCCACUCCAGAGGCACUGUCCCCAAUUGCCACGCGAUGUUGCAGAGGCGCGUCAGCCAAGACAGCCCCACAACAUCCAGCGACUUGAGAUACUCAGGGGGGGAUCUCAUCCACCCCCGGUGCCUUGCCACCGAGGAGCUUGCAAACCACCUCAGUGACUUUGGCUUGGGUAAUGGAUGAGUCCACCUUUGAGUCAUCAGCCUCCGCUUCCUCACUGGAAGAUGUGGCAGUGGGAUUGAGGAGAUCCUCGAAGUAUUCCUUCCACCACCUGACAAUAUCCCCAGUUGAGGUCAACAGCUCCCCACCUGCACUUUAAACAGUGUUGGCAGAGUACUGCUUCCCCCUCCUGAGGCGCUGGACGGUUUGCCAGAAUUUCUUCGAGGCCAACCGAUAGUCCUCCUCCAUGGCCUCACCGAACUCCUCCCAGUUCCAAGUUUUUGCCUCCGCAACUGCCCGAGCUGCGGCACGCCUGGCCUGCCGAUACCUGUCAGCUGCCUCAGGAGUCCCGGAAGCCAACAUGGCCCGAUAGGACUCCAGCUUGACGGCAUCCCUUACUUCCGGUGUCCACCACCAGGUUUGGGGAUUGCCGCCACGACAGGCACUGGAGACCUUGCGGCCACAGCUCCGAACAGCUGCGUCAGCAAUGGAGACAGAGAACAUGGUCCACUCAGAUUCAAUGUCCCUGCCUCCCUCGGGAGCUGGGAGAAGCUCUCCCGGAGGUGGGAGUUAAAGACCUCCCCGACAGAGUGCUCGGACAGACGUUCCCAGCAGACCCUCACCGUACGUUUGGGCCUGCCAGGUCUGUCCAGCUUCCUCCUCCGCCAGCAGAUCCAACUCACCACCAGGUGGUGAUCAGUUGACAGCUCAGCCCCUCUCUUCACCCGAGUGUCCAAGACAUAGGGCCGGAGAUCAGACGAAACUACAAAGUCGAUCAUUGACCUCCGACCUAAAGUGUCCUGGUGCCACAUGCACUUAUGGACACCCCUAUGCUCGAACAUGGUGUUUGUUAUGGACAGACCAUGACUAGCACAGAAGUCGAAUAACAAAACACCACUCGGGUUCAGAUCAGGGAGGCCGUUCCUCCAAAUCGCGCCCCUCCAGAUGUCACUGUCAUCACCCACGUGAGCAUUGAAGUCCCCCAGUAGAACAAUGGAGUCCCCAGUCUCGUUCACUGGGGUAAACUCCAACACAUAGCUGCUAAGCUAUGGAGCUAUAAGCAAGCCCACACCAGCCCACCGCCGUUCACCGUGGGCGACUCCAGAGAAGUGGAGAUUCCAGCCCCUCUCUCGGAGCUGGGUUCCAGAGCCCAAGCUGUGCGUGGAAGUGAGCCCAACUAUCUCUAGCCGGUACCUCUCAACCUCCCGCACAAGCUCAGGCUCCCCCCCCCCCCCCCCCAAUGAAUUGACAUUCCAUGUCCCAACAGCUAGUCGCUGUGUUCGGGGAUCAGGUCAUCGAGGCCCCUGCCUUCGACUGCCGCCCAAUCCACAUUGCACUGGCCCCCUACUACUACCUCUGUGGGUGGUGAACCCACAGGAGGUCAGACUCAUGUCACCGCUUCGGGCUGAGCCUGGCCGGGCCCCGUGGGCAAAGGCCCAGCCACCAGGCACUCGCAUACGAGCCCCAACCCUGGGCCUGGCUCCAGGGUGGGGCCCCGGCUGUGCCAUACCAGGCAACGUCACGGUCCUUGUUUUGUUAAUUUCCAUAAGGGGUUUGGUGAACUGCUCUUGGUCUGGCCUGUCACCUCGGACCUGUUUGCCUUGGGAGACCCUAACAGGGGCGUAAUGCCCCGACAACAUAGCUCCUAGGAUCAUUCAAGCGCACAAACCCCUCCACCACAAUAAGGUGGCAGUUCUAGGAGGGGAAGGUCCUAAGGCAAGCUCGGGGAGGACAGAAACCUCCCGUGGAGCAGAAGGUUUAACCUUUUGGCCACAAUUCCAAAAGGCAUGUUUGGUGCAAAAACAACACUGCACAUCACCAAAAGAACACCAUACCCACAGUGAAGCAUGGUGGUGGCAGCAUCAUGUUUUGGGGGUUUUCUUCAGCUGGAACAGGGGCUUUAGUCAAGGUGGAGGGAAUUAUAAACCGUUCUAAAUACCACUCAAUUUUGGCCCAAAACCUUCAGGUGUCUGCUAGAAAGCUGAAGAUGAAGAGGAAUUUCAUCUUUCAGCAUGACCAUGACCCCAAAAAAGUUUUUGAAUGGCCCAGCCAGAGCUCAGACCUAAAUCCAAUUGAAAAUCUGUGGAGUGACCUGAAGUGGGCUGUGCACAAGAGAUGCCCCCGCAAUCUGAUAAAUUUGGAGCGCUUUUGCAAGAAAGAGUGGGCAAAUGUUGCCAAGUCUAGAUGUGGCAGGCUGAUAGACUCCUUCCCAAAAAGACUGAAUGCUGUAAUUAAAUCAAAAGGUGCUUCAACAAAGUAUGUUUAAGGGUGUGCACACUUAUGCAGCCAGCUUAUUGUACGUAUUUUUAUUUUUCCCGCCUAACAGAUUUGUUUUUUAAUUGAAUUUUACAGGUUGUAGGUCACAUUAAAGGCGGGAAAAGUUUUGAAAUUAUUUAUCGUCAUCAUCAGGUUUUUCUGAUGUGGAAAAAAUCAUUUUAAUGGGGUGUGUACACUUUAUUUUUUUUAUUUUUUUAUUUUUAUAUCCACUGUAACGGCAGCACUAUCAGUGUAGUACUGCAGCAUGAGACUAAUUGUUAAUGGAAUUAUUACUGAUCAUGAAUAAUCAAUCAGAAUAAUCUCCAACAACACCAGCACAUUCACACAGGAGAGAAGCCAUAUCACUGCUCACAGUGUGGGAAGAGUUUUACUGAACAGAGUGAUCUCCAACAACACCAGCGCAUUCACACAGGAGAGAAGCUGCAUCACUGCUCACAGUGUGGAAAGACAUUUACUUAUUCGGUUGCAUUUAAGACCUACAAAUGCAUGAACUUGGAGUUGUUGCAUGAUUUAAAGUUGUCAAAUUAAACAUGGUUAUUAAUGUUUUUGCUGAAAAUUACCUGUACUUUGAUCCUUAUUGUUCAUAUUAUAUGACUACAUAUUUUAAAACAAUCUUAUAGUGGUGAUUAAAACAAGACUAUUCAUGUUUUCUUGCAGUUAGGUUAACAUGGGGCAUCCAUGGCCUAAGAUUGGACUGAAAUGCCCUUGAGCAAGGGCACCGAACCCACAACUGCUCCCCGGGCACUGUAGCAUAGCUGCCCACUACUCUGGGUAUGUGUGUGCACUCAUUGCUCACCUGUGUGUGCCUGUGUGUGUUCACUGCUUCACAUGGGUUAAAUGCAGAGGUUAAAUUUCACUGUGUGCUUGAGUCUAUGUAUAACAAAUAAAGGCUUCUUGGCUUA